AUGGUUUAUAAAAUUAGAAAUAAAUCAUUCUUUUGGACAAGAGCAGGAUGGAAGAAUAAUUGGCAUCCUAAAAAUUUCAAUGCUCCUCGACCUUCCAGCUCAGAAUUUACAAUUGGUAUUAGAUGUAGAUAUGAUCAUAACUCAUUUUUAAGAGGUUUUUUUAUUUUAUCUAUAUAAAUAGCAUAUCACUCAUAUAGAAAGAUCUCAAGACAUUGCAAACAAUAUUUUUUUGGAAAUAGAGAAUUAGAAGAAUUAUUUCAAAUGGGUUUGAGAACUUUUUUUAUUGUUCCACAUAUAGCUGAAUGUCAAGUCACAUAGAUUAAACAUGGUGGUGAAAGAAGAAUGGUUGAUUAAAUAGAUAGAGACUUUGAAUUAGUAUCUUAUAAUUCACACCCUUAUUAAUUGUUCACUUACUCUGUAUGGAAUCAAUAUUUAGCAAAUUAAUAAGAAGCUUAUGAAUAAAGAAAGAAUGGAGGUAAAGCUAUUGAAGAUUAAGUGAUUGAUCACAUUAGGUAAAGAUAUAUAAUUAUAGAGAAUAGUGAAUUAGUGAAGGAUGAGAAGAGUAAAUUGGGUCCUGGAAAAUAAUUAAGUAUAGAGAGAACAGCUGAAAUAGUGAUGAAUGUGAUGAGAUAAUUAAGGGCUGCAUAACAAAGACCAAAUUUGAAUAAUAGGUAAAUAGUUGAAUAAAAAAUUAUAGAAGAGCAGAUGGAGAAUUUGAUGAUUUCUUAGAAUAAAGAAGACCCUUUACAGCUCCUAAUAAUCAAUCAGCAACUCAUUGAAUAGU